UUAUUGCCUUAGUUGACUCAAACUGCUCAAAAACUUUAGCUCUACUUUUCUCAACUAUAAUUCGCAGUAUAAAUGGCAACGUCUGCAUCAAUCCCAAUAUCAUCAAACAAAACAAACAAAUUAAAGAGCAUUACACAAAGAUAAAUCCCCUUCCACCAUGCAACGCAAAAUUCAUUUUCUUGCCAAUUUUGUUGCUCUAAUCCUCUCUCUCACUCUUGCAAAUGCCGAGACUCAUCACCAUCAAUUUGUCGUUCAGACAACUCCGGUGAAGCGGCUGUGCAGAACUCGCAACAUAAUCACUGUCAACGGCCAGUUUCCGGGGCCCACUUUGGAGGUCAGAGACGGCGACGCCCUCGUCAUCAAAGUCAUCAACGCUGCUCGUUACAACGUCACCAUUCACUGGCACGGGAUUCGGCAGAUGCGAACGCCUUGGGCUGACGGGCCUGAGUACGUGACCCAGUGCCCGAUUCAGCCCGGGGCCAGCUACACCUACCGAUUCACCAUCGAGAAUCAGGAAGGAACCUUGUGGUGGCAUGCUCACAGCAGAUGGCUUAGAGCUACAGUCUAUGGAGCCCUCAUUAUUCACCCCAAACUCGGUGUUCCCUACCCUUUCCCCAACCCUAACACACAGAUUCCUAUACUUCUUGGAGAAUGGUGGGAUAGAGACAUCAUCAGUGUGCAACGACAGGCGAUUUUCACGGGCGCGGCGCCCAACGUCUCCGAUGCAUACACCAUCAAUGGCCAGCCGGGAGACCUCUACAGAUGCUCAACCAAAGAAACUGCAAAAUUUUCUGUCAAAUCCGGGGAGACGCUUCUCUUGAGAAUCAUCAAUGCUGCACUCAAUCAAGAACUCUUCUUCACUGUUGCCAACCACAUGCUAACCGUGGUCGGGAACGACGCCGCCUACAACCGGCCCUUCGCCACCAGAGUGGUCAUGAUCGGACCAGGGCAGACCACCAAUGUUCUGCUCACUGCCGAUCAGCCAGCCGGCCGUUAUUACAUGGCGGCACGUGCAUACGCCACAGCUCAAAACGCAGCGUUUGACAACACAACUACCACUGCAGUCUUGGAGUAUGACUCUGCUCCUCGCCCUUCCACAACUGGGAAGCAAAGACCUUUGCUGCCUGCACUUCCAAGAUUCAACGAUACAAAUACAGCAACUGCAUAUACUAGCCAGCUCAGAAGCCUGCCAUCCAAGAACACCAAAGUCCCAACUCAAAUCGAUGAGAAGCUCUUCUUCACAGUCGGAUUAGGCCUGGUCAACUGCACCCCCGGCCCCCGGUGCCAGGGGCCGAACAACACGCGCUUCGCUGCCAGCAUGAACAAUGUCUCGUUCGUGCUUCCGCGUAGCACCUCGCUUUUACAAGCCUACUACCAAAAUAUACCGGGCGUUUUCACCACAGAUUUUCCACCUGUUCCUCCUGUUGCAUUCGACUACACAGGCAACGUGAGCCGGGGGCUGUGGCAGCCGCAGCGCGGGACUAAGCUGUACAAGCUCAAGUAUGGCUCAAAUGUGCAAAUAGUGCUGCAAGACACUGCCAUUGUCUCAACCGAGGACCAUCCCCUGCAUCUCCAUGGCUACCAUUUCUAUGUUGUUGGCCAGGGUUUUGGCAACUUCAACCCCAGCAGAGACACUGCAAGAUUCAACCUUGUUGAUCCACCUAUUCGCAACACCAUCAACGUGCCCGUUGGAGGCUGGACCGUGAUUCGUUUUGUUGCAGACAAUCCAGGGGUUUGGCUGAUGCACUGUCACAUAGACUCCCAUCUCAGAUGGGGCUUGGCCAUGUCAUUCUUGGUCGAAAAUGGACCGGGGAAGAUGCAGUCUGUUGAGGCUCCUCCACCUGAUCUCCCUCCUUGUUAGGCAAAAUUACGCGAUUCCUAUAAUGUGUUGAUGUAGAAUUUGCAUGAAUCUUCAAGUUUCUUCCACUCUCAUUCAAUGUCUAUAUUUAUUUUGUUGACAGAAGCAAGUCAAGAAUUUGUUAAGGUAGUUUGUAAAGACAUAGAGAAAUGGCAUGCUUACCUUCACCGUUUCCGUUCCAAA